AUUUCUGAAUACAUGGGCGUUAAGGAUUGGCUGUUCGUGUGACGUGUAUCUGUUGUAUACGAUAAAAAGUCAGUCAGUGGAAAUCGACUGAUUCCAACACUUGUUUCGGAUGCACACCCCAUUGUCUUGUAACGUUUGAUUAUUAAAAGGGAAGAAUAUGCAUACGUUUCUGUCACGAGCAAAUGCUGUGAGCGCUUUCAGCCUGAGCACCUUAGCCGCCCUCACCUUCUUGUGUUUCGCUUCAACAUUUUUCUUGAACUACACAGCUCCAGUGAGCAUCACAGCUGCUAAUAUUGUCCUGAAAAAUGUGCCUGAAUAUGCAGUUUCAAGGGAGAAAAAUGAUCUUGGUGCUCUACGAUUUGAUCUAUCAACAGACUUGAGCAAACUCUUCAACUGGAAUACAAAAGAGUUGUUUCUGUAUUUGACAGCAGAGUAUGAAACUCAAAAUAACAAGAUUAAUCAAGUUGUUUUGUGGGACAAAAUUAUCCUUCGUGGUGAAAACCCCCAAGUUGACUUGAAAAAUCAACACUUGAAGUAUUACUUCUGGGAUGAUGGUAAUGGUCUUUUGGGACACCGAAAUGUGAGCCUGUAUCUCUCAUGGAACAUCAUACCUAUUGCUGGAACACUUCCUCUCUGGAGUGGCCAGGGGUCCUACAAGUUAGCAUUCCCCGCGGACUACACCCAAGGUCGCAGUUACUAACCUUUUGGGAACAUACUAGUGAAAAAAAUAUCUGUAAUGAAGAAUGUCUGUUCCAUCUUGAGUGUAGUAUAGGAUUUUUUUUUUCUUUUCAUAAAGUUUUUUGUUCAUGAUAGUUUUUUGUUGAUUUAAUUAAGCUGAAAUUUUCAGUAAUAAAGAUUUUUAUUACCUGUGCAGUAAUGUCUCAAAUAUUUAUGUUCAAAUUUACACCUACAAAGAUUGCUUAUGAAAUACACUCUUGAAUGAAAACUUCAGCAUAGUAAAUUGAGUAUUGUAUUUUGGUGAAGGAAUUUUUGUAAAUGAUACUUGUUUGUGUAUGUAGUCAAUCUGUUAUGAAGAGGUGUUUUAUUGUGUAAUGUUUUGUCUCCGUUACAGGAUUUCUUGACAAAUUUGCAUAUUCAGUUGUAUAACACUGUUUCUGCAAAAUUGGCUUCUUGGGGUAGUUCAGGUAAAAGUGUUUAAUUUUUCAUUAUGAAAUUUUCUCUUUCUCUCUCAUCUUGAAAGGAAAUAUAGAAUGCACGUUUUUCAAUUGCAUUUGCAUUCUGAUUGUAGAUUUCUCCCCCCGUUUAUUUAAAGCUGUUUAACAGAUGUAGAAUGCCUGAUAAUUUUGAAUAGCAUUUGCAUUCGAAUUGUAGAUUUUUUAUCUUUUCUUAUUAGCCUGAACUGUGAAAAAAAUAACUUUUUCU